UGGAACUCUAGUGAGAGUACAAUAGCAAAACAAGUACAUCCUCAGACUGAAGGGACCCGACAUCCCUUAACUCUGCGUCCCGCUGACAAGCCUCUGCCCCUACCCUGACAAAGUGCUAAGCCGCCGCAAGUGGAGCAGACAAGGGAAGGAGCAGCCCAGUCGCUAUACUGGAUCUGACAAGUGGAGCUGACAGGACAGGGGGCAGUCGCACAGCCCUGUCCGGGAUGAACCUGGAGGUGUUUGCACGCACAAGCUUUGUAGACAAGGUGUGUCCUAGUGACCAGGAGGGCAGCUUGGCGUCGCCUCUCUCGAGUCGGGGAGACGAGUUGGGGUCGGACGGGGACUUUAUAGCCAACAGCCCCAAUCAUGCCCUCUGUCCCAGAGAUUCCGAAAUGGACACUGACACCGGCAGCCUUGUGGGGGACGAGGAAGAUGUCGUGGAAGAAGAAGAGCAGGUAAACUCAGAGAGAAUUGCGGGGUCGGGAGAUGGUUCUAGCCAAUGCAGAGCACUAAUUGCUGAGGUGGGCAAAACAAAGACUUACACCCGCCGACCCAAACCUCCCUACUCGUACAUCGCACUCAUAGCCAUGGCUAUCAAGGACUCGGCCAGUGGGCGCCUGACACUUGCAGAGAUCAAUGACUAUCUGAUGAAGAAAUUCCCCUUCUUCAGGGGUAGCUACACUGGCUGGAGGAACUCAGUGCGACACAAUCUCUCCCUCAAUGACUGUUUUGUCAAAGUUCUACGGGACCCAUCUAGGCCAUGGGGCAAAGAUAAUUACUGGAUGCUGAACCCAAACAGUGAGUACACCUUUGCAGAUGGGGUCUUCAGACGCAGAAGGAAGCGACUAAACAGGUCCACCAAGUGCCUCAAAGAGCAGGAUCUGCAGGGACUUGCAGAACAGCAGCACCAAAUGAUGAACCCAACUAAAGCAAACCAAAGCUGUUCCCCCUCAUCCAGCCGGCUGAUCAUGGCACCUUCAGCACUUCCAUCCUCCUCUACAAACUCCUCCUCCAACAGGUCUACCAAAGAAACCAACUCGGGGACCAAGUUCUCCAGCUCCUUCGCAAUUGAAAGUAUCUUGAGUAAACCUUUCCAGAGGAGAGAAAGUGAACCAGAUCCAAGAUCAUCAAGUGGAAGGAUCCUGUGGCCAACAGGUGCUUUGCUGCAUUCUCCCUCCUCUGCCUCUUCUUAUCCUAUUGUACCUUAUACCCCAUCCACCGCAUUGGCUGCCCCAUCUGCAUUGUACCCUAUUAGUCCCCUUGCUAGCAAUGCAUCCCCCUUGCACUUACAACUCUACAGAUACUGCAUGUCUGAAGCCUUACUAAUGCUAAUGGAUCCCAGGAGUGAGGGGCAUUUGUUACCAGACCCAAGAGAUGAUCAGCUGUCUCAUCGUGCUCCUCUCCACCACCCCCAUCUUUUCUCUCCACCAUGUCCUACCAAGACUCAUUCGGAACAUCUGGGCAACCCUGGGCUCUUACACACCCUACGCACUGCAGGUGCUUACCACCCUUAUCGACAUGAGACAUUGCUAGCAUGAAAAAGAAGGGAGGGGGGAGGGAAAGGUAUGUUAGUUUGUAGCACCCUCUAAACCCUGCUCUUGCCAAUUUAAGUGCCUUUAUCAAACAUGAGUGUUGUGGCAGAAUUUCCAGAGUUUGUAUACUGGCAAUACAAGAGGGGAAAUCAAGUUACCUUAUUUGGUUAUUUUUAUGCAAUGUUACUGAUACAAUUUCAAACUGGUAGCAUGACUAUACAUCUUAUUAGAUGCUCAUACAUGAUUGAUUUCACUGCCAAGGAUGAUUUCCUUUUAUAGCCAAUGCAACUGGUUUGCUAACAACAUCCCCCAAAGGAAAACACCCACCUUUUAUUUCUUCCUGCGAAGGUAUCUAGAAAACAUGUACUUUUAUCUGAUCCAAAGAACAGGCCAAUGACUCUAGAUAAAGGAUAAGCAACUGUCAGCAACACAGCUGUUGAAAUACAACCCCCAGCAUCCUUGCAGCUCAGUUUGUAAAGUCAUUUUAGGUGUUGUUGUUAGGCAACAGGUGAUGUGCUGGAGAUCAACUAUGCCUGAUCUAGAUUCACACUCAGCUGUUAAUGUAAUCAUAGCAGGGUCCCUCAAUCUGUAAUACUCCUUGUAUUCUAUUGGUGUGGCUGUGCCACAAACUCUGCACUGGUCUAUUUCUUCUUUUCUAGAGGUGAGAAAAUUACCUUUAACUGCACUUUUUCCUUUUUUUAAAAAAAAAAAAAAGAUAUACGAUAUAUCAGCUUUCUUUAUUUUUUU